GCCCGUCUCGUGCAUGCGCUGCCCAGACCCGGAGGCGGGCAAGACGGCGGCCGCGGGCGGCUUCAUGCCCGACACCGGCACCAUCGUCAUGUGCCAGCAGUGGGCGGCGGAGCAGCCCGGGGAGGUGCCAAACACGGUGGCGCACGAGAUGAUCCACGCGUACGACGACGCGCGCGCGCGCCUCGACUGGACCAACCUCGUCCACCAUGCCUGCACCGAGAUCCGCGCCGCCAACCUCUCGGGCGACUGCUCCUUUUGGCGCGAGGUGAACCGCGCAAACGUCUCGCCGCUGCGCGUCGCAAAGGCGGGCGAGCGGUGCGUGCGACGGCGCGCGCAGAUCUCGGUCGCCAUGAACCCGGCGUGCACGUCGGAGCGUGCAGCGGAGGCGGCGGUGGAUCAGGCGACCACACACCACCACCGAGACACUCUCCCGAGACGCCUCCGCCUACAGACUUCCUCGUGGCGGAGCAGGCGAUGAGGCACUGCUUCGCCGACACGGCGCCCUUUGAGCGCGUGCCGUGAGCGUGGCGCCCUGGACACUUGCGAUGAUGCGCCCAUGCCUCACGGCACCGCGGCACACGCCACAGGUUCGUGGUAAAUAAAUAAGCCUCCUUGUGACUAUUUGUUAUUGAGAAGUACCCGGCUCUAGAUGAAA